AUGGAGCCUGCCGAGGAACCUGGUCAGAUUAGCAAAGAUAAUUUUUUAGAAGUUCCUAAUGUGUCUGAUUCUGUGUGUGAAGAUGAGGAAGUUAAAGCGACCUUCAAGCCUGGCUUCUCCCCUCAGCCAAGCAGACGAGGGUCGGGAUCUUCCGAAGACACUUACCUGGACACCCCAACUUCAGCGUCCCGGAGGGUUUCUUUUGCUGACAGCCUUGGAUUCAAUCUUGUGUCCAUUAAAGAAUUUGAUUGCUGGGAAUUACCAAGUGUUUCAACUGAUUUUGGCUUAAGUAGGGAUAUCUUCCACACAGAAGAAUACAUUUUGUCUCCACUGUUUGACUUACCCUCUUCAAAAGAAGAACUUAUGGAACAGCUUCAAGUGCAGAAAGCAAUGCUGGAGUCGACUGAAUACCUCCCUGGGUCGACAAGUGUGAAGGGCAUUAUUCGAGUUCUGAAUAUUUCUUUUGAGAAGUUAGUAUAUGUGCGCAUGUCCUUGGAUGCCUGGCAGACUCAUUAUGACAUUUUAGCAGAAUAUGUUCCUAAUUCUUGUGAUGGUAAAACUGACCAGUUCUCUUUUAAGAUUUCAUUGGUUCCGCCUUAUCAAAAAGAUGGCAGUAAAGUUGAGUUUUGUAUACGAUAUGAGACUUCUGUGGGUACAUUUUGGUCAAAUAAUAAUGGCACCAAUUAUGUACUGGUUUGUCAAAAGAAAAAGAAAGAGCCAGAGCCUGUAAAACCAUUGGAAGAAGCUCCCAAUAGACAAAUAAAAGGCUGCUUAAAGGUAAAAUCAAGCAGUAAAGAAGAAUCAUCGCUAACAUCUGAAGAAAAUAAGCUUGAGACAUUCAAGUUCACAGAUGCCUAUGUCCCAACAAUCAUUUGUUCUCAUGAGGAUAAGGAUGACUUGGGAGCCAGUCAUCAAAAUGUAGAAGAUAUCAACAGGGAGCAUGACGGACAUAAUGAAAAAGAAUUAGAUUUGAUGAUACACCCACCGCUAAUAAUUUCUCGGGAUGAGAAGAAUACAUUUUCAACAGAUUCAGUCAAUUGGACAAAUAAAGCUGAGGGGUCAGAGAAGAAGCAAGAAUAUCAUGAAAUUCAUACUGGCUUGUUCAGAAGGCAAUUGUCUCCGAGUUUGCCAGAAGAAAUCUCCUUAAAGAAAGAUUCCUACCAUAGCAGAAACUAUUCUCCAGGAAAUGAAUAUGGCCAUCCACCUUCAGAGGAGAUUAUGUCACAUGCGGGAGAAAUGGAGCAAUUACUGGGAGAUUCUAGUGCUGAUGAAUUAAUGCAACAGAACCUCUGCAGCCAAGAAGUCCUAGAUGAUAAUGCCAACCCUGCCCAUGGAAGUGACAAAGUGCAAAUAGCAUGCUCAUCCUAUGACCACCUAAUGACAGAUGGUCUUAACAAGAACAAUGAGACUGGAGUCAAGAAGACUGGAAUAAAAGAUCACAAAUAUUCAAGAAGUGAUUUCUAUUUAGAGGCAUCCACAAACCUGGAAGAAUCAAAUGCAUCUCCCAAAGAUGACUAUACCAAGGGCAAUGAUGAAGAGGAAGAAAACACAUGCUUAGGUGUUAAUGAAAAUCAAAGAAAGAAUUUUCAAUCGGUAUUCCACAACCAAGAGAGACAAAUGGGGCACCCAGAAAUAAGCAUUGAAGGAACAAAAGCUAGUAAUGAAGACUUGACCACUCUACUAAGCAAAGACACUACAACUACUACCUGGAGAGCAAGAGUAGAUCUCUCUCCUUCAACAAAGACAAAAGUGAAUUGGAGAGAAACUGGCAAGGGUACAACUUUAGAACCAAUAGCUACUCAUCUUGGUUCACCAAGAAAUGGUAAUGUUCUGACAGGCAGUUAUCUUUUACAAGCUGCAAGGGAAAAAUCAGAUCCUAGUAAUCCUGAAGAUCAGAAUAUGAAUACGCAGUAUAAAAAAAAUUGGAAUGUUCUGGAAAGUCAGCCAGAAACAAGAGGGAUUGAAACAAACACAGCCAAGCAGAUCAAAGAACAAGCAGAGUGUAAAGACAUGUGGGAAAAAAGAGAUAACAAGAGAAGUCUGAAAGCUACUCCUACAGAACCGUUGUUUACCUGCCAAGAGACAGAAUGCUAUGAACUGUCUUCUCUAGCUGAUCAUGGUAUUACUGAGAAAGCACAAGCAGUUACAGCUUAUAUAAUUAAGACAACAUUAGAAAGGACUCCAGAAAGCAUGUCUGCUAGAGGAAACACAAUAAUUGCUAAGCUACCCCAAGAGACAGCAAGAAGUGACAGGCCCAUCGAGGUAAAAGAAACAGCGUUUGAUCCACAUGAAGGGAGGAAGGAUGACUCACAUUAUACCCUUUGUCAUGGAGAUACAGCAGGUGUAAUUCAUGACAAUGAUUUUGAAAGGGAGUCACAUUUAGCUGUUUGUGAUGUGCACGUAGAGGAAAUGGAGAAGGAGGCAACCACAUCUACAUGCUAUCCUAGGAAGACACAUGACAAGGAGAAAUGUGGAAUUGGAAUUGUAACAUCUACAGACAAAUCUUCAGAGGUCAUUACAGGCAAUCAUAAAGCUACGUCAAAGCUGGAUUUACAUUUGGGAGUGUUACCAACAGACAAAGCAAUAUUCCCAGAAAAUAAAGAUCAUGAGCUGCUUGAAGAAUUAUCGAGGAGAACAGACUUUGAUGCUGUUCAUCCUGAAUUUAACUCAGAUGCUUCCAGCACAUCUCAGGGCAGCCCUCAAGUUUACAGAUGCCAAUCUAAAAAUUCAGAACCCACUUCUGGAUGGCUAUUUGCUGAAGACAAUGCAGGUACUAGCACAACACUCCGGUCUAUUCUUACCAAAUCAGAAUAUACUUGCUGCCCAGAAAGUGAGACCCUGGGCCAUGCCAUGUCCAAACCUGAUGAUGUUUCCAAAACUUUGGAAAUAACGGAAUCAGGCAAUGGAAGAGAAAGACCUGUGGGUCCGAUUCUCCAACAAAAGGAAGGUAAAAGUAUGCAAAAAUCGCAAGGCCCAAUUAUUUUAGUCAGUGAACCUCUUGAGAAUCUGGAGGAGGCAAAGUCUGACAUUGAAGGACUGAUUCAUUUUGAACAGUCACAACGCUAUUUGGAUGACACAGGAUCAGAGAGCCCCCCUUCUGCUACUCUCCCUCCCCAGGAAGCCCAAGCUCAGGGCAGGGAGUCUCUGCUUUCCACAUAUGUCAAUUCUAAACUACCCUAUUUCCUUUUGUUUCUGAUCUUUCUUGCAACUAUCUACUACUAUGACUUAAUGGUAGGCUUGGCAUUCUACCUUUUUUCCCUGUAUUGGUUAUACUGGGAAGGGGGGAGGCACAAAGAGUCUGUCAAAAAGAAGUGA